AAUAAAAUGAACUAUUAUCUGGCACAUCGCUGCUUCUUCGAACUUGCUUGCUGCAGAGUCGAAAACUCGUUCGUUCAUCUAGGUUUUGUUCGUGCUGUUUGGACAACAGUUAAAAAUAAUACGCAAGUAGGCGAUAUUGAUAAACCACAAGUUGGAUAGAGUUUCGAAACAACUUGUGGUUGAGAGAGUGACAGAGGGAUGGAGAGACACAGAACAAAAAAAGAGGCAGACAACUCGUUUCGAAAAAAGAAUUGUCGUUCGCAAAAAGAAAAACAUGAGCAAGCAAAACUACUCCCACCAUGAAGAGAAAACCUUUCUUUUCCCAGUCAAAAAAGGUCUUUCUCUCCCAUCCGGAUCAAAUCAAAAAACCCAUACUCAACGACUCAACAAAAAAACUAAUCAUUAUAGUUUCAACUACAGUUUUUGUCACAUCCAAAGAGUUUGAACGUAUUCAUUCUGAAAGCGCAAGAACAACGAGUAAACUUUUCACAACUAUUAAACGAUAAUGUCAACCUCUCACGAAGUGCCUCGCUUCUACGCACGUAAUCCGGAGCGCUCGGACCGAAUUGAAGUAGUUGAAUCGCUUUUGCUUUUGGCUUUGCUACCACAUCAACUAGGGUUGCGACUGUUGUGAGUGUUUUCUCACUACGAAUUCUAUUGCUAAAAGUAGAAAACUAGAGGAAAGAACUUUAUCUAGAUUGUAGGCAAGAAAAUCUUCUAGGUCAAACUUUCUCAUCCUUUCAGGUCGCCCACUUCAAUAUCGGUAGUCCCGAUGCGACCCCGAAGGGUAAGGAGGAUGAGACCCUUUCUCCCGGAUUAGUCCUGGCUGAUAUUCCUAGUCCGCUCAAGCGGCGUAGGUCGUUGCAGGGAAAGGACGGUCGAGGAGACGAUCAUGCUGAAGAUGGGAAAACUUCGACAACAUCUGCUAGUGCGAACCUGAAACAUGAUCUAGUACAUGGUCCUCAAGGUCAAGAACUACAUCGAGCAGGAACAAGUGGCGAAGUUGUAGGAAGUAGUUCUACUGGAGAAGAUGUUCACCAGGACAUAGAGGAAGCACUUGAGGAUCAAGAGCAGAUCAUCUAUUUCGACGGUGAAAUCGGUGGCCGAGUCAACUUCGCUGAAGAUCCGUGUUGCGCAGAUUUGUUGCCACCACUAUCCAAAGCAGCAACUGUACCAGUCGAACGAGGUCAAUAUGCAGCUGCUGACCUGUCUCGAAUCAGCGAAGUUUCCUGCGAAACACAUCUGAGUAAGCGACACUCUGCGCCACCGAGUCGCAGGACGAGCAGUAGGCUUGAAGACGUAGAUAUGGGAGAACAAAGCAGUGGCUUGUUGACGUUAGGUGGACAGCAACAGACCACUACGUCAAUAACAUCACAGCAGCAAGCGAGUAAGAGUACAGCCAGCCGUUCGACCGCAGCUACAACAUCUCCUAGUACAACACCUAGUACUCAACAGCAUCAUCUUCACAGAACUAGCAGGGUCCAGAACAAACGAGGCCGCACAGAUCCACGUGUACUGGGAGAGGAAAUUUAUCCUCGUAGUACUAGCUUCGUUCCAGCACCCCUUGCGCGACGCGAUCAAGCUGUGGAGGUGUUCCCACCGGAUUUUGAGACCUUGCUGGAAACGGACUCGAACGAGGAAGAAGACGCACAUGCGGUAGAGGUCGGCUCGGGAGAUGACGAUGGGCCACUUAUUCCUGUUGCUCCAGCUACUCCUGAAGAUUCGCCGUGUGCUUAUGAUUGCAAUUACAUUCCAUAAUAGUUUCAGAAAACUCACUUUACUCUCUUUUGCAUCACUUUUUGAUACAGCAUGUAGUCUACUGGCCAGCACUACCGAUGCAUCAGGGCUUAGGGUUUAGAGCACUCAGUCAGCCCAGGAUGUCGUAAAGCAAUGUUCCCUUCCUUGUCUAAUAUCAAGGCACAGGCGCACCUCCACCUACUCCGGAAGGCGGUUUGCCACAAACGGACAUGCUAAAAAACGACCUAAAAGAGGAAUUCACCACUGCGCUGCUGUUAAGACUGGUGAUUGACGAGUUCAUAUAAUUUUUUGCAUAAUUAUCUCUACUGAGAUCAUGAAUGGUAGUAUUACCACUAGCACCUGCCAUAGUCUGAUUCAACAUACUCUCAGAAUGAAUGUAUGACGCCCACCAGACAGCACUUCUCAGGAAUCUUUGGAGAACGCACAGUUUCUAACACUACACAUCACGGAGAAAUCGGAGCUCGAUCGAGUCGUUUCCCACGUCCUCUCUUUAUCGCAAGAACGAUCCUCCAAUGGCAGCAUGCUGGCUGAGUAAUGAUUCUACUACUUCUCAUAAAUGCCGUCCGAGUGAUAUGGCUGACUUUCAUUUUCUGACUCCGUGAUGGGUUACGGACUAAUUUCGUCCACAGGCUUGUGGCUAUCGAAAAAAAUUAAGUAGUGGCCGCAUCACUUAAGCGAGCCGUCGCUUAAGUGGUGACCGCAUCACCUAAGCGAGCCGUCGCUUAAGCGGUGACCAAACCACCUAGCGAGGCACUUACCGAGGCACAUAAGGGGCGCUUCCCUUAAGUGCCUCGUGCAGCACUGCUCGAGGCACUUAGGGGGGCGCUUCCCUUAAGUGCCUCGUGCAGCACUGCUCGAGGCACUUAUUAAGGGGCGCUUCCCUUAAGUGCCUCGCGCAGCACUGCUCGAGGCACUUACCGAGGCACCCAAGGGGCGCUUCCCCUAAGUGCCUCGUUCAGCACUUAGAGAGGCACUUAGCGAACCACUUAGCGAAGCACUGAGCGAAGCACUUAGCGAAGAACUUAGCGAAGCACUUAGCGAAGCACUUAGCGAAGCACUUAGCGAAGCACUUAGCGAAGCACUUAACGAAGCACCUAACGAAGCACUUUUUGGCGAAGAACUUAACGAAGCACUCUACGAAGCACUUCUUGGCGAAGCCCUUAACGAAACACUUAGCGAAGCACUUAGCGAAGCACUUAGCGAAGCACUUAACGAAGCACUUAGCGAAGCACUUAGCGCCUGAUUACAUUUCUUACUGCUUCUCGUUCUCUCGUUCUCUCAGGUGCAGCGGCAGUACUCCAGAGAAGACCACACCAGCAGAUGAGGAGCACCUAGACGCGCCUCCCUUCUCAAGCAGAGUUGAUCACGUCAAAGACGUCAAAGACGGGAAGAGCGGUUCGUGCAACUCGGAUCCUCUGCUCGUGGAAGGGGAGCAUGCACAAUCAGUCGUCACGCCAGACCGCAAAUUGAUUGCUACUAUGCUGGAAGAUGCUCCCAAGGAUCCGAGUUCAGUUCGUCGUUGCGCAGCUGAUUUUUCCUCUCCAGUACUCUCUCCACCAGAACUGAUCGCUCCAUCUGGGGAAGAGGUACUACUCUACAGCACUCAUGCGGCUUUAUGAAGACGUAAAAAUCACACUAACUUCAACUUGUUUUAUUUUUGUUUGAAUGUUCGUGGAAGUAGGAUAGUCUCUGAGUUGUACUACUUCUAAAACUUCUCUACCAAUCCACAACCUCAGGAUCUGCGAAAGGGGCUUCGGGAAGACUUACAGCGGAUUAAGUUUCCAGUAAGGGGAGAAUCAGUGCCAUUGGGGAACGCUCUGGAUCGCCUGAUUCGCAAACGAGAGGAAAUGCAGUACAGCUUUAGAUGUGAUUUUAUGACAAGUACCUCCUGUGUAAUUCUAGUCCAUCCUUAUUAUCAGGAUCAUCGAUGUAGACAAAACGAUGUCCUCUAUCUCACAUGAGCUAUCUCUUGCUCUUCUUCAAACGCUGGCGAUGGUCCCUUGCUUUUGUCAUCUUAGCACACCUCACUACUCCACAGAAGUCGGCACUUUGGUCCGCUUGUACAGGGUGAAGUGGUACCUCUUCGCGGUGCUGCUUUUGCGGCGGCCGCAAGGCCUGCGUAUUCUGCGCGUGCCCGUAGCGCAUCGUUGCGACAGAUGCGGUUGCCGUUAUCCAACACAAAUCAAGCAGCAAAUGUUAAGAGUUGGAAUUGCCAGUUGUAGGUCUGAUCUUUGUUUGUUUGUUUGUUUGUUAAUAAUAGUCUAAUACGAAGAUGGUUGUUGAUCUUUUAUCAUUGUUGUUACAGCAUAUCGAUUUAUCUUCACGAGAGAAGCUGCUCUAAGAAUCGUUUCGCUACGACUUCCUUGUACGAUGUGAGCCAGCAGCAGAGACAGGAAGGCGAUGCUGGAUUCCAGUACCACUAUCAUGCGCCAAACCGAUCCUCUUCGAGUCGAGCACGAAGUCGAGGAUUCCUAACCGCUCGACCCUCGUCAACUUACACAAACAAUAGCGCGAAUCUUCCUGAUGUUCCACGAUGUAUGUCGGCAAGAGCUGUGAGGCCAGAAUGGAACGGAAACACCCAAGUGCGGGAUCAGUCGCUUACUCGCAAAGAGCGUCUACGAUUUCAAGCUAAUGUUGUGCCAAGACAGGGAGAAGACAAUGUGGUAUUUAAGUACUAGUUCGACAAUUCUAGUACUUUUUGCGAAGCUCAUGAUCCAUUUCUUCAGAACAAUUUGUGUAGUCAAGAGUUAGUAGUUUUUUUCGAAGAACUAUUAUUGUAUUGGUUUCCUCAUUUUCUUCAUUCUGUGCUUUAUUAAUCAACGUCAUUAUAAAAAGUGAACGAGUCAAUCAUCUCGGUUCCAACACUUUAGUAAUCAACGUCAUUACAACUGCCUGUCUCUUCAGCAUACUGCAUCCUCGAAGGCUAAGGUCGAUGUAAGGGGUCGCGCGACAUCCAUCGGCGGCUCACCGAAUGCCAGUACGAUUGCGGAUUUGUCCUCUAUUGGAGAUGCCGCUUCUCCUGUGGGUGGUGCGCCAAUUGUCCAUAGCCAUAAAGUAGCACCUCCGCUUCUGCACAACGCUUCCACGAUGUCUGACGGGGUUGUAGCGCGUAAUCGCUGGGCGAAGCAUGGGAAUUAAGGCGAGGGUUGUGAAAAAUGCAUCAUCUUCACAGGAACAAAAAGAAUACUGAGAUAGAUAAGUUGAUGAGAAAAAGUGAAUAUGGAGUAUGGCAGUUUUCCAAACAGGAAAAAAGGUUAAGAUGUGGGAUACAGUUAUUUGCUGUAGACGUUCUUACGGUCUCCUGCUCUAAUGAUUGCACCCCGCUCGUGCUCGUGAUUCAAGUGCCGGUCCUGGGCAAGGAGAGAAGAAAAAAGCUGUUCUUUGUGGCAUGCCGUCUGACGACCUGCUGCUCACCUUUGAGCGACAUCUGUUGGCGGCUGUUGGAAGCGUACUGGAAGGCAUUAGGGAAGACUCAAUGUUGGAGGACACGAAAACUCUGACCACAUCAGACGCAAAAUUGGAUUUGCCCACGAGCACCUUGUUACAAGAACGUCUCAAAAGCUUGAAGAGUUCCCCUUUGUCGCGUCCUCGCAGCAAGAGUGACAAUGUCGUAAAGAGAGAUCCAGUUUUGGCAACAGGCGUUGUAUUACGAGACGACGGUCAUCAAUCUUCAUCUUCCAUCUCGUCCAAGCAACCAGUGGGUGCACCACCACCAGCACAAGAAGAUAGUAAGGAUAGUACCUCUGUAGUUCCAGCAUCGACGACGUCGCGCGCAGCCCUUCAAGCGCUUCUGGCGGAACGACCAAGACGUGCCUCGCGAGACUGGGGCAGUGUCAGUAGCGCAGACUCACCCGGGUACGGCGGGACUAGCAUGGUCCUGGUACCUGGAAAGGCAGACUUCCAUCAGCAAAACACUAACAACAACGAUCUUAGAAAAAGUAGCAGUGAUAAUUGCGCUCAGGACGGAAUGAAAUUCUCCCCAACGACGUCACAACAACAUGCUGUCGGAGGUUCCUGCGAAGAUACGAAUAAACCAAGUACUAAUUUGAUAACUCCCGAGAAAGCAGGCAUGGCAUCGGUACGCGAACCCGCAACUGCAAUCGUGUCCAACAUUCAGCAGAUCUGUCGCCGCCACAUCCAAACGAGUCCGCCUUCUUCCCUACAGUCUCCGCCCCCAGCACCUGCGUCUUCCCCAGUAGCAGACUUGGCGUUGUUUUCCAAUAGGAUUAGCAUUUUGGAGCGGUUGCGCAUGCCGUUUCGUCGACAUAACAUCAACGGCGUGGACGACUUGCUAGGGUCCUCUUCACGGUCCGCGCACUCUACUACGCCAAGCUCCAAUGAAGGACUACUUCUACCAGAGAAAACACCUAGUACUACAGAACUGUGUCGUAGUAGCACCACCAGGAUGGGAGGAGGAGGAGGACUUUCUCGGACAAAUCCGUCUGCACCAACUGUGGGCCAUCAAACGACGGCUAACUUGCUGAACAACUACCAAGCCCCUCCACCAGUGACCAUGCGACAAGUGAGCGUGGUGCGGUCUAAAGGGCGAUGCGUGUCCACUUUUGGAACUAGCAGUCGCUUUCCAUCCCAUCAUGACGAUACUCGCGCGUUGCGUUCGAGCUCUUCUUCGGUCAAUGCCCGUCGUCGAGCCGAGAGCGGCAGUCGAACACGAGAACAACGUUCAGCGCACUAUGUUGCUGGUUCAAGUCAACAUAGUAGUGUGGCACGUGGUUUGGCAGCAGGAGGUGAGCUGAAAACAAGUCCCAGUCAACAACAACAACAGUUAGGCGGCGAAGAAAAGACUAGAUCCUAUUCACGAGGAACUAGGGGAGUGCUAACGAAGAGCACCCUGAAGCCGCCACCAUUCUCACCGCGCAUUGAGGAAUGGUGUACUACUUCUUUAAACACUGGAGACCAUGACAAAGGAAAAAAGUCUACUAGUCGUGGUAGUUUUGGCGUGGUUGUCGACAACAAGAAGAAUCGUGUCGACGAGCAGUAUGGCCGUAGGCGGUCAUCAGAGAUAUCGAAUGCGACUACAACUUCCAGUCUAGAGCAACAAGAAAAGAAUGGGUCUGAUGAAUUCGGGUACGAACAGAAGAUGAUGCAACAGCUGCACCAACAUGCACUCCAGCAACAGCGAAGUAGAGGGGAUCAUCUCAGUGCCUUGACUGGUAGCAGCAACCCAUGUCUUGUAGAGACGAGCAUUCCCUCUAGGCGUCAUCGUUCUGCUAAGCCUGUUAAUUAUACUAAUAGGCAAACGACGACUAGCAGCGCUACUAGAAACGUCAACAUGUCUAAAAACACUGAGGAAGCAGAUGCUAUGUCUCAAAUGGCAAUCUUGGCGAAGGAAAUCACUGAAAAGAUUAACAAUUUCAAGGCUCUAUCGGCUCACACUUCACGCCUAGCGGAGGAAUCUAUUCGAGAGACAGGCAGAAGCAGUCGUGGCUCUGAUCAUCAGAUUCCGUUUUUGGGAGUGCAACAUAGUACGGGAAGUGCGGGGUCGAAUCCUACUAGCUCUAUGGGUGGAGCCCCGUUGCGGCCACCAAGGUGUCCCGAGUUCGCGCCGCGUGACCGCGUAGGAUCAAGCACUAGUGCAGUGCGCACCACAACAACCACAACAACUUCGCGUCGUACGUUUAGUACCGCAGCACGCGCGGUGGCUACUGCGCGCAGCGGGAGCAUGGGGGGAGCGAGUAAGGUUGCAGCAACAUCAGCGUCCUCCUCUGUGCAACCGUCGCGUGUGCACACCUCACGGCCAUUGUUUGGAAAAACUACACUGCGCGGCUCAAGUGUACGCGGCCCGAGUGCACGUGGUGCGAGUACACAUAGUCGUGCAAGCGUUCGCGAUGCGAGUGCAAAUGCUGGAACUGUUGCGACCUCGUCAGGUGCCACAACAGCGGCUGUCAGUGGUCCUGCAGUCGGCGAGACGCGUGGACGAGGACAACGAGAUGCGAAGCAAGCCUUUUUUGACCGUUUGCAUAGUGGGGGUGAUCGUCGUGGAGACUGGAGGCGCCCGUCUGUACAACAUCAUACAUCUAGUACUACUUCCGCAAUGAGCAAAGAGAACGUCCAACAGCCUGUUGUAGAAGAUUUACCUGAGGACGAAACAUUAGCCGGUCUCUGUGCUGACGAUGCUUCGCCGCUCACUGAUAUCGCCUUUGAAAGACGAGAGUCAGCCGGAGACUCACUUGUUGCUACAGAGUUGUGUGGUGGUGCGCGGGUAGAGGACGCAUCACCUUUGGAGAACGACAUCUAUUUGGUGCAAGUGGCUGCACAAGAAGAGCAAGUUGAACGCGAUGAAGCAUUCGAUGGAAAUGCUUAUGAGCAACCGUCUAGUUGUACGACGAAGAACACUUGCACAUUUUCAGAUGCUGCACAACAUUCAAAAAGCAAUUAUAAAGCAGUAGAAAAACAAGUUUUAUUCUACGGAAAAGGGGACCGAGAAGCCAAGUCAACAGCUCCGUCAACGCACACACCAGUCUCAGAGCACAGUACACAGGUCGGCGACCACGACUCCGAGUACACGACUUCUGUAGCGCCUUCGCCUGUCGAAGUCCUGCACCAGCCAGUAGUGGCAGAAAGAAACGGCGCAGCACUAGAAGGGAACGUCGUAAACGCCGUAGAAUGCAUCAAGGAAGAAAACGAGACCGAGAACGACUUUGUAUUUCACCCAGAAAGAUCAUCUGCUAGUAGUGGAGAAGAUAGCAGGGAAGAUGUAGUAGAUGCAGAGGCGAACGAGAUGUUGGAAGUAGCGCCAGCGCCACUAUGCGGCAGCGAGACGAUGAUCAUGUCAGCGGAGCCGAGUCCUAGUAUUAAGAGUCUUAAUUUGAAGUUUAAUUCGUAGUUUUUGAUACAAAUAGAGACCGCCUGCAUGUUGUCUCUCUUCGUCUUGUCUAGAAGGAACAAUUGGCGGAAUACGUUGAUGGCUCAAGCACUGGGACCCUGGUGCUUAAAGAGAUGUUGGAAAUGAUAUUGCCACGGUCUCUACGAACAAGUUAAUUAAUUGUUUGAAAGGGCGGUGGCAUAUAGUCCUAACGCAAAAAAAAAAAUUUACGGUGAUCAAGAAUGACCAUAACAGGGGCACACACAUGACAAGAGUCGUAAGCGUUUCUAAUAUCAAGGAAGUAGAGUCGUGCUCUUGGAAUAUGGUGUCCGCUUCGCCCCAGAGUACCGAAUGCAGAACCUUCGAAUUGGGCCUGACAGAAGUCCUUAUGGAGGCUACUGGGUUCUUGAACUACCAAUGAGGUGAAAGGUUCAAGGGAGAUUGAAGAUCCAUGAAUUCUUAGAUUCACACCUCGACAGGCUACCACUACUACUGCUAGCCAGGGGACCUCUUUGCAGUACCUAAAACGACACGUAGAGGAACCUGCUCCACCACCAUCUCUUUCCUGUCUAAUCUUUCCACAAAAAGCCGAGGCCAGGAGUCACUACAGAGCUCGGGGAUGGGGAAGGAUACGAGGACAGUGAGCCGCAGACCUCGUGAUGAGCAGCGGGAAGAGGCGAAACGCGAGUGGGAAGCGCGAUGGCGACAACAUGUUCAAGACAAGUUAUGCACAACAUGAUAGCGACAUAAUGCUGAGCAUUAUUGGAUUGGUUGCUGUCGUCCUCGUUCUAAGUAGUCCAUGUAGCCAAUGCUAUCUGACUGUAACUAGCAGUAGAUGCAGGCUGCAUUUUCCACCAUUGUAGCUGGUCUCCUCUAAGGCCCUCAGCGGAUCCGGCAGUGUUGAAGGAACUCUUGCAGACAUCGGCGAAUUUCGAAGAACAGUUACUCGAAGCCGAGGUUGUCAGAUACACGCCUAGCUCGAGUCUCGAAAAUCUGUUGUUGCGACGUCAACUGGGAUUGCGAAGUUAG